AUGCUACGGCUGCACCUGACGAAAAGACAUCUCCGUGUAAUGCUCUGGUGUAUCCUACUCGGCCUGCAGCCAGCUUUCGCCGGAAUCCUUGACCCAUUUAACUGGGCACGGUCUGACCGUAUCGAGGUCAACAUUCCUUGGUUGCCAUUUGAAAAUGAAACAAGAUGCUACGACGAACUGGGCUGUCUAAACAUCACGAGAAGCUGGUACCACCUCAUUCACCGGCCAUUCAAUGUCUUCCCUUUGCCUAGAGUAGUAAUCAACACCAGAUUCAUCUUAUACACGAAGAAGAAUCCAACUGAUGGACAAAUACUGAAUGUUAACGUCAACAAAACCAUCGCAAAAUCAAACUUCAGUCCAACCAGACUGACGAAGUUGAUAAUUCACGGGUUCAUAGACACACCACUCUCUAAUUGGGUUAGCGAAAUGAAAGAUGAACUGGUGAAAGCAGGUGAUUUUAAUGUGGUCGUUGUAGACUGGGCCGGCGGAAGUUUACCUCUUUACACACAGGCCACCGCGAAUACAAGGCUAGUGGGUCUAGAAGUCGCACACUUUAUAAAUACACUACAGAAAGAUCAUGGGUUGAACCCACUUGAUGUGCAUAUCAUAGGUCAUUCGUUGGGUGCCCAUACAGCAGGAUACGCUGGAGAACGAAUAAAGGAUUUGGGCAGAAUAACCGGGCUUGAUCCCGCAGAACCAUACUUUCAAGGAAUGCCGAUGCAUGUACGGCUGGACCCGUCGGAUGCCCAACUCGUAGACGUCAUACACACUGACGGAAAAAGCAUUUUCCUUUUAGGAUACGGGAUGUCACAACCCGUGGGUCACUUGGACUUUUACCCAAACAAUGGUAAAGAGCAACCAGGCUGCGACCUAACUGAAGGUCCAUUGAUACCUCUUACAUUGGUCAAACAAGGUUUAGAAGAAGCUUCCAGAGUUCUUGUUGCGUGCAACCACGUAAGAGCCAUCAAAUUGUUUACAGAAUCUAUCAAUGGAAAGUGUCCUUAUAUAGGUCACCAAUGUCCGUCAUAUCAACAUUUCGUAUCAGGAAAAUGUUUCCACUGUGGAGCGGGCUGUGCAAUAAUGGGAUUCCACGCAGAUAGUUCACCUGGAUUAAUAACUAACAAGAACAAUCAGUCGGAGAAUGAAGUUUACCCUUCUGAAGAACAAGACACGAUCGGUGCUAAGUACUACCUUAAUACGGGCAAAGAACUACCUUUCUGUCAACGCCAUUACAAAAUAGUCGUUCAUUUGGCUAAUCCAAAGGGUGCAGAGUCUUGGGUGCAGGGUUUCCUAAAAGUCACUCUAUUAUCGGAUCGAGGAGUUAUCAGAGGAAUGGAUCUGACUCCCAAUAAUUAUGUUAAAUUAGAGCAUGGAACAUCUUACACGAUCGUUGUAACACAUCCCAUGGAUUUAGGCGGUAAAGUUAGAAAAGUAGAGCUAUCGUGGGAGUACGACAUGAAUGUACUGGAGCCGCGAUCACUCUGCAUUUUAUGGUGUAACGACCGCCUAUACGUCAAGUCGGUGCUGGUUGACCAAAUGGAGCUGCCAACUCGAGGAAAGCGGAAUGUUGACUUCAGCAGCAAGUUAUGUACACCGAAGCGAGAAUAUGCAGAGAUUCCUAACCGGGGCUCGGCGAGUUUCUAUGAAAACUGCGGCAGGUAGCGGUGCCAUAAAUAUAGAACUAGGUAAUUAAUGAAACCCUGUUUGUGAGAUUGACAGAAUGAACGGCCGAGACGAAUAACAACGAUAAAUUUAAAACUCAAAAGAAGCAUAGUCUAACAGCACAAUACCUCGGCCGGGUUUGAUUAGUAGACUUUGACAAAUACUGCUUACUUUCUGUUCUGGAUCUUCGUGUAUUGUAAGUUUAAACCACGACCAAGAAAAACUACCUUCCUACGUCAGCAGAAAAAGAAUAUACCAGGCGGCUACAGGUGACUUUACGACAGUGUGAUGAACUACGUGAAAGGAUACAGUGAUUUAUACUUAUUAUGUGCUUUAAGGGUGGACACUUUUAAACAUAGAAAUAGGUACUGUUUUAAAAAUACGACCGUGUAAAUAUAAAUCUUUCGACCAUAAUUCGAUGUUGACACUUCCAAAAAUGUUUACCAUGAUUUUUUUUUAUAAAUUUAAAACGCAUAUA